AUGUUCCUCCCUCCCCUCACAGAGCUGAUGGACACCAGGGCGGCGCGGCCCUUCAGUUUCUCCUUCAACACCAGCGACUACCGCAUCCUGCUGAUGGACCAGGACCAGGGCCGGCUGUACCUGGGCAGCCGGGAGUACCUGGUGGCUCUGGACAUGCAAAACGUCAACAAAGAGCCGCUCAUCAUCCACUGGCCAGCGUCUGCGAAGAGAAAGGGAGAAUGUCAGAUGACGGGAAAGGGAAGACAGGGUGAAUGUGCCAACUUCGUGCGUAUGAUCGAGCCGUGGAACCGCACCCACCUGUACACCUGCGGCACGGGGGCGUACCAGCCCAUCUGCACCUUCAUCAACAGAGGCUGGAAGGCGGAGGACUACCUGUUCAGGCUGGUGCCCGGGUACGUGGAUUCAGGGAAGGGGAAAUGCUCCUAUGAUCCGAAACAGGAGAACAUCGCAGUUCUGAUCAAUGGUAACCUGUACGCUGGCGUCCACAUCGACUUCAUGAGCACGGACGCUGCUCUGUUCAGGACGAUGGGCGGCCGGACGGCCAUCCGGACGGAGCAGUACGACUCCCGCUGGCUGAACGAGCCCGUGUUUGUUCAGAUCCAGAAGAUCCCUGACAGCGCAGAAAGAAAUGACGACAAGCUCUACUUCUUCUUCCGUGAGAAGAGUCUGGACUCCAGCGGGGGGGCGAGCCCCAGCGUCUUGGCCCGGGUGGGGAGAGUGUGUCUG